AUGAGUGUGUCCAAUAAUGAACGACAGGAAAUCAAAGACCCACCUGGAGUUCAGGAAGUAGAGGGGCGGAGCUUAGAGUCCAUGGACAUGUGUUGUGUUGGAGCCGUGGUUCAUGUCAGUCCACUGGGUUCAACAGCUGUCCCAGGUGUGAUCACUGCUGCUGAAGUGCAGACGUACCAGCACAUCCAGGCUGAUGCAGCUGCUCGUUUUGGGAAUGGACUGGAGAGACCACACAUGUCAUACUUUCCAGCUCCUCCUCCACCAUCACCUCCCACAUCUGAAGAUCCAUGGAGGAAGACGGACUGGACGAGGAAACAGAAAGAAGACCUCCAGAGGUUUGUGAGGGACUAUCAGCCUAAGGGUUCUAAGGUGGAACAGCUCAGGGUUCUGAUCUAUGGACCAGUCGGAGCUGGAAAGUCCAGCUUCAUCAACUCUGUCAUAACUGCGAUCCGUGGCCAGAGUUAUAUCAGAGCUGCAGCCAAUGCUGCUGAAACAGCCACAAAGAGCUUCACUGUAAAGUACGAGGCUCAUAAAAUCCAAAGACAAGGAGAAGGUCAUCACCCCAUCGUCUUCUACGACAUCAUGGGGUUGGAGGACGGUGAGAACUUCGGUGUCCGAGCUGAAGACAUUCAACUGGCCAUGAAGGGACAUGUGAAGGAGGGUUACGAGGUACAACCCAACGUUCCAGCUCCUCCUCAGAGUGGAGGUUGUGCUGGUUCUCCAGAGAAAAUCAGAGAACCAUCUUCUAAAGCACAGUUCAACCCUACAUCUACACUGUCAAUGUUCAACGGACACUAUAAAAUCUUUCCAACCCCAAAUGACCAGGUUCAUGUGUUGGUUUGUCUCCUCAAUGUCAACUCACCAAACAUUAGCCCCUCAGUCAUUCAGAAGAUGAAGGCCAUCAGAGAAACAGCCAGAGAUCUGGGGAUUCCACAGAUAGCCAUUGCAGCCCACAUUGAUGAAUGCUGUGACGAAAUCGAGAAGGAUGUGAAGGACGUCUACAAGAGCACACAUCUGAAGAAAAAGAUGACAGAGUUCAGCAACGCUGUGGGAAUCCCCCUGAACUGCAUCUUCCCAGUGAAGAACUACAGCACUGACUCUGAACCAGAUGAUGACAUGGACAUACUCAUCCUCACUGCAGUGAAACAUAUCUUAAACUAUGGAGAUGACUUCCUUCAUAACAUGCAAAAAAUUUUGUAACAGAACUUGGUCCAUUUUAACUGUAAAUGUGUCAGAGUUAGU